CUUUUUCAAUAGAAAAUGACCAGAUCUUCUCUAAUGCCAUUAUUUUCUCGAUCUGAACCAAAAGCUUCCUAGGGUAGAACUAAGUCACAUCAAGAUUUAAACAUAAAUACCUUGGAAUAUUCAGAGAAGCAACAUGGGAGAAACUGAGAAAAGGAUUGAAACCCAUAGAAUAAGAUGUCUUUCCAAGUUGAAGAUGUUUCUGUUGGCAAUAACAUGUGCAUAUGUAUCCAAAACACUAUCUGGAUCUUAUAUGAAUUCCAUGCUCACACAAAUAGAGAGACAAUUCAACAUCCCAACAUCUCUAGUUGGAUUUAUUAAUGGAAGCUUUGAGAUUGGAAAUCUUUUGUUGAUUAUAUUCGUGAGUUAUUUUGGGAACAAACUGCAUAGACCUAUAAUGAUUGGUGUCGGAUGUGUGGUUAUGGGCUUAGGGUGUUUCUUACAAUCGCUACCUCAUUUCCUCAUGAACCGAUACGAAUAUGAAUCUACAGUUUCAGUUUCAGGCAACUUGUCCUCCAACAGUUUCUUGUGUAUGGAAAAUGGAACCGAGAUUUUAAGACCAACACACGAUCCAUCAGAGUGUACGAAGGAAGUUAAAUCGUUCAUGUGGGUGUAUGUACUAGUAGGAAAUAUUAUACGUGGAAUGGGCGAAACUCCCAUCAUGCCUUUGGGUAUUAGCUAUAUAGAAGAUUUUGCCAAAUCUGAAAACUCUCCUUUGUAUAUUGGGUUUAUAGAAACAGGAGCUAUCCUUGGCCCUUUGAUUGGACUUUUGUUAGCAUCAUUCUGCACAGGUGUUUAUGUAGACAUUGGAUCUGUGAACACAGAUGAACUGACCAUAUCUCCCACUGAUACUCGUUGGGUUGGUGCAUGGUGGUUUGGCUAUUUGAUUUGUGCAGGAGUGAAUGUGCUCACUGCCAUUCCUUUCUUCUUUUUGCCCAAAACACUUCCAAAGGAAGGAUUAGAGGAUAAUGCUGACAUAAUUAAAAAUAACAAAGAAGAGAAACAAAGAGAAGAGGUCAAGAAGCAAAAGAGUGGAAUCACUAAAGAUUUUUUACCGUUCAUGAAAAGUCUUUCAUGUAAUCCAAUUUACAUGCUUUUCAUACUUAUAAGUGUGCUACAGUUCAAUGCAUUUGUUAAUAUGUUCUCCUUCAUGCCUAAAUAUAUGGAACAGCAAUAUGGAAAAUCAUCUUCGGAGGCAAUCUUUCUAAUUGGUGUUUAUAACUUACCUCCAAUAUGCAUUGGAUAUAUUGUUGGUGGUUUAAUUAUGAAGAAGUUCAAGAUUACUGUCAAACAAGCUGCCCACAUAGCAUGCUGGUUAUCCUUAUUUGAGUAUAUACUCUAUUUUUCAACUUUCUUCAUGACCUGUGAUAAUUCUUCAGUUGCUGGCAUAACUACCUCUUAUGAAGGAAUUCCAAAAGAUUUAUAUGUGGGAAAUAACAUCCUUGCUUCCUGCAACAUGAAUUGCAAUUGUCCAGCUAAAACAUGGGACCCUGUUUGUGGAGACAAUGGGUUAUCAUAUAUGUCAGCAUGUCUUGCUGGCUGUGAGACAUCGGUUGGAACAGGAAUAAACAUGGUGUUCCAAAAUUGUAGCUGCAUUCAAACGUCAGGAAAUUCAUCUGCAGUUCUUGGGCUGUGUGACAAAGGACAUGACUGUUCCAUGAUGCUCCAGUACUUUCUAAUUUUGUCAGGAAUCGGCAGUUUCAUUUAUUCUUUAGCUGCCAUACCUGGAUAUAUGGUUCUCCUGAGGUGUAUCAAGUCUGAAGAGAAGUCUCUUGGUGUGGGAGUACAUACAUUUUGCACAAGAGUAUUUGCUGGCAUUCCUGCACCUAUCUAUUUUGGAGCUUUAGUGGACUCCACAUGUUUACAUUGGGGAAAUUUGAAAUGUGGUAAGCCAGGUGCAUGCAGGAUAUACGAUUCCACCAACUUCAGCCACAUUUACCUUGGAUUGCCAGCAGCACUGAGAGGAUUAAGCUUUCUUCCAGCCUUUUUAGUCCUCAUUCUUUUGAGGAAGCGUCAACUACCUGGUGAAAACGCCUCUUCAGGAACUGAGCUUGUACAGACAAAAGUCACAGAGAAGGAAAAUGAGGGCAAAGAUUUACAUCAAAAUUCCAAGGUUUCCAAUGAUAAUGAAUUGAAAACUAAACUGUAAUGCCCUAUUUUACCAUCCUUCUCAGAACUGGAGAACUCACUGUACAACCUGAUUGUUUUAAAAAUCAAUAGAGUCACUACAGGUAACUUUUUCUUGUCUUUAAGAAACUCAAGAAAUUUUUUUUCACUCCAGAUAAAAAUAUUCACCGCUGGUAUUUCCAAGGUAUCAAUAGCACUUGGGAUUUUCUUAGGAGGGACAUUUAUAACAACCCACUAAACAAGAUUUUAGAGCCAGCUUUAUUGUUAAAACAGCAAUUUCUCUUUUAGCUCACAAAGGUAAGGGUAUAUUUCCCCUAUCUCCUGCUCUAAAAAGUUCUAAAAAUUUUCUGUUAUGAAAAUCUAUUUAAUUCCAUUUGCACUUUGUUAUUGGGAUUAGUCAGAGACUGAAAUUCUCAUCCCGUCUAUGUGAACAUUUCAAUAUUUUAUUCAAAUUUAUCAUGUCCAUGUGAAAAAAGCCUACAUCUUAUUCUAUUUAGGAAUUGUCCUUAGCUCUUUCUAUUCACUGCAGACAUGACUCUUUUAUAAUAGAUUACUCAUUACUAUGUCAUCGCUUGCUUUUGUUCUUUCUCUCCUUUAUUACUCAUGUAACAUAUUUGGUCAUUUUGUUCAGAGUACUGACAAAUUUAACCAGGCUAUUAAAAAUCAUG